GGCAUACUUCAUAUCAUACCAUCUGUUCUGGUUCAGUGCAUAAGAAUCCAAGUCUCUGAGGAAGGUGACAUAGCGCACAGUUCACUGGACCAAGAGCUUUGGCUGCACCUCCUCUGGGAAGCCUGACCAUGGGACUCUUCCUGAUCAUUGCAAUUCUGCUGUUCCAGAAACCAACAGUAACUGAACUUAAGAAGUGCUGGGAUAACCAUAUACAAGGAAAUUGCAGGAGAAUCUGUAAAAUAACUGAAAGACGUGAGGUGCUGUGUGCAAAUGAGAGAUAUUGUUGCCUCAGCAUCAAGGACAUAGAAGCACGUAAAAGAAUUACACAGCCACCUCGUCCAAAACGGCCAACAUUUGCACUCACUCGUCCUCAGGAUGAAGAUAUAAUAGACACUUCCCCAACCCACAAGAUAUAUUCUGCAUAAAUCAAGUACAAUUUUCUGUUCAUUCAUUUCUCAAUCUAUUCUAAUCAACUAAGGUGACAAGAUCCACAUCUUUUCCUUUCUAGGUUCUUGGCCCCCAGAAUGACCUUCGAGCAGAUUCUAAUAAAGCUCAUUGCCAGUUUUC